AUGGCAGCAACAUCGUUGAAUUCGCUUGUCCUUUUUUCAAUCUGGAAAACGCCUUCAUUGCACAAACCUUCGUUCAUCCUCAUCGCCAAUCUUGCCAUAACGGACUUGGUAGUUGGAUUCAUCGCGGAGCCGUUAAUGGCGUUGACAAAUAUCGCAGCUCUAAAGGAAUGGACGUGGCUUUUUUGUCAUAUUUGGAUCAUUGGAAGAGCUGUUGGGUAUACGAUGGGUGCCAUGUCUCUUAAUACUCUUGCUGCAAUCAGCGUUGAUCGUUUGUUGGCUAUUAAACUCAAAGAACGCUAUCGAAGUGUGGUGACAAUGAAAAGAGUAUUUGCAGUUCUUCUAGGAUUCUGGACGUCAACCUGCUGUUUCUCGGUUUUGAUUAACAGCUACAUUGAUAAAGUGGUCAUCAUCCUUUCCGUCUAUUUGUUUGUUCUUGUUGGAACGUUAACAUUUUGUUACGCAUCGUCUUUUUACAGCCUGAGGAAGCUAACGUCUCCGGUUACCCCGAACAAUAUUGGAAGCAGGAUCAAUACCGACGAAUCUCAGAUUUCUCCUCCCCUUCAACCCACUUCUCUUCAACCUUCUUCUCUCCAACCUCCUCCUCGCCUGCCAUACGCAAAUUCAAUCUUUCGAGUCUCAAGAUUCAAGCGAUCUUUAAAUACAAUGCUCCUAAUGUUAAUGAUAAUAAUUUUCUUCUAUUUUCCGUACUUUUGUGCUCUUGUUAUGACGGCUGUCAUCUACAAAGUCGUGCCGAACGCGUCUCACAGUCAAUUUCGAAUGUUGAACUACAAAUGCAUGACAAUGGGAGAAUUGAUUGUAUUUGUUAAUUCUACUAUGAACCCUGUUAUAUAUCUAUGGCGUUUGAAAGACAUUAGACAAGGUGCUAUUACGGUCAUGCGAAGAAUUUUUGGAAAGAAGACUACAGAGAGAACAGAUAGCUGA